AGUGUGUGUGUGCGCGCGUGAGAGAGAGAGAGAGCAGAUUCAUCUACGUGAGAUGCGAAGAUAAACUCUGUUUUCUUUCGACAGCUGGAAAAAGACGUUGGGUGUGUGUGCACUGAAUUGGCAGAAAACAGGCAUGACACUGUACUGUGUGCUGUCCCCUUCAGAGGUCAGGAUGCUGGCGGUUGUGGUCUGUGUGCAGCUGUUACUGGUCUCGGUGUUAACGCAACCCACUGGAGAUGUCUGGGGUGAGUGGGGUCCAUACGGUGAAUGCAGUCGCAGCUGUGGCGGGGGCGUGACCGCGAGGACCAGGACAUGUGUAACCCAGCGGACUGAUGGGGGUCACCGCUGUGUGGGACCAGAGAAGUCCUAUCGCUCAUGUAAUAUCCAGGACUGUCCCGAGGGUUCCAGGGAUUUCAGAGAGGAACAGUGCUCUCAGUUCGACGGCACUGAUUUUCAAGGAAAGCGCUACAAAUGGCUGCCAUAUUAUGGUGGAGAGAAUCCCUGUGAGCUGAACUGCAUUCCCAGAGGAGAGAACUUCUUCUUCCGCCAGAAGUCGGCUGUGGUGGACGGCACACCCUGCCACCCCGGAGCAAAGAACAUCUGUGUGGACGGGCUCUGCAAGCGUCUCGGCUGUGAUAACAUGCUGGAGUCGCCCCAGGAGGAGGACCCCUGUUUACAGUGUGGAGGGAAUGGACAGUCAUGCAACAUAGUCAAAAACAGUUUCUCAAUGAGAAACCUGCCCAAAGGUUACAAUCAAAUGUUCAUCAUCCCUGUUGGGGCCACCACUAUCAGCAUCAAGGAAACCGUACCAACACGCAAUUACCUUGCAAUCAAGAACCUACGUGGUGAGUACUACCUUAAUGGACACUGGGCGAUCGAUUUCUCUCGAGCCGCACCCAUUGCUGGCACCGUGCUGUAUUACCAGAGGGGAACAGAAGGGGAAAAGACCCCCGAGAUCAUCACUGGCCGUGGCCCUACAACUGAGCCUCUAGUGAUCGAGCUAAUCACUCAAGAGGCUAACGAGGGCGUGGAGUAUGAGUAUUAUCUGCCUAACGGACGCUUGACGGAGGGCUACUACUGGAGCUAUGGCUCCUGGUCGGCCUGCAGCAAAGAGUGUGGCUCAGGUUACCAGUCCCGUCUGGUCUUCUGCACCAUUGAUAAUGAGGCCUACUCUGAUUACCUGUGUGCCUCCCUCCCUCGACCCCUCAGCAACCGCACAUGCAAUGAACAGCAGUGCCCGCAAACCCGCAGGAUGGCGUAUGUGUACGAGCCGCGUCUGUGGAGGCCCGUGGAACCGCCUCGAGUCUAUGUACAAGUGUUCAGCUGGACGACUAGCGAGUGGAACCCGUGUCCGGUGACGUGUGGCGGGGGUCUUCAGGUGAGGAGAGUGGAGUGUAUGUCUCACGACUCUGCAGGAUCGCGAGUGGUUGAGGAUUCUCAGUGCGCCGCUUACGCUCCCAGACCUCUCAGCCAACGCAACUGCAACGUGCAGAAGUGCGCUCAAUACAGCAUUUCCGGCUGGAGUCAGUGUUCUGUGACAUGCGGCUCUGGGAAACAGACGCGAGAUGUAGUGUGUGUGGGUUCAGACGGAGCUUCUCUGGAAGACUAUGCAUGCGGGACUCAACCAAAGCCACCCAGGACACAGGACUGUGAGAUGCCCGUCUGCAGGAGCCCCAUUGGCUGGCAUAUAGGAGACUGGGGCCUGUGCUCAAAGAGCUGUGGCUCGGGGCUGCGGGAACGACAGGUGAUCUGUUCAGACAGACAGAGAAACCUGUACAGGGUAGAGGAGUGCCAGGCCAAACCCAAACCUCCCACCGUUGAAAGCUGCAACGCUCAGCCUUGUUACAGGCCUCAGGAGGUGCCCAGCAUGCAGGACCCGACAGGUCAUGAUAACACCAUUCAGGGCUUCCUGCCGUAUGUCCUUGAGGAUCCCUCACUAGACACUCAUCAAAACAAUCCAGUCCACAAUCCUUAUGGCACAACUCUCACCCAUCACUGUAGCCAGACUCAAUAUGGCUGCUGUCCUGAUGGAAGUACCUCAGCCAGUGGACCUCAGUACCAAGGCUGUCCCCAGGACCAAGGCAUAGCAUCCUGCACAUGGAGCAGGUACGGCUGUUGUCAUGAUGGUGUGACCAUUGCCCAAGGCCCCAACAAGGAAGGCUGUCCAGAUUCAUGGCCACACUGGUCUCCAACAUCAGAUACCGUACCAUCUGCGACCCCAGACUGCCAUACAUCCACCUACGGUUGCUGCUAUGAUGGUGUGACGGCAGCUGGUGGUACUCAUGGGGAGGGGUGCUUGAACACCCCCACCAAUACACAUCAUUCUCUGUCUUGUGACCUACCCCAUGUGGUUGGGCCAUGCGAUCAGUGGACGUCCCGUUACUACUAUGACCGCUCUGCCUCGCAAUGCAUGCACUUCUGGUAUGGCGGCUGCCAUGGCAACAGCAACAACUUCGCCUCGGAGGAGGAAUGCCAGAAGAUGUGCCUGAGAUCAGAGCUAAGCCAGCGGGACCAGGCGCAUGUCUUGCAGCACAGUGGACGUCGCCUCCCAGCACGUAUCACUCUCAGUUCUAGCGGUGCGACCCAUGGGCACCGGGCUCACCGACUGGCCCCCAGUGCCAUGCAGCAGAGCAGCCCCGCUGCCAGUUGGACAGCUGUAGGUGUGAGUAUAGACAAGACGGAUCCCUCCACGGUGGAGGGUCUGGUUGGUCAGCAGGUAGUAUUGCCCUGCAGGGUGACCCCUCGGCCCUCCUCCACUGUGGUUGUCGAGUGGAGACGCGACGGUGUCCUAGUUGACCUCGCCAGGCAUCAGCAGCAGUCCGAUGGCUCUCUGUUGGUGGGUCCCAUCACAUUGCAGGACUCUGGAUGGUUUCUGUGUGUGGCCACAAAAAACCGUGAGAGAGAUCACCGCUACAUUUACCUGUCUGUCUCAGUACCAAAUACAGGAACAUCCCAGAAUGGUGCAGGAAUAUCAGAGGUGGAUUAUUCACAAUCAUUCACAUCACAUUCAUCUUCCAGGUUCAACAUUGACCAUUCGCCGCUGGUCGAGGCUCGAGCAGGUCAGACUGCCAAGCUGCAGUGCGCAGUGCUGCCGGUGUCUGCCAUGCAUGCGGUCACCGUUCACUGGAGCAGAGCUGGACAGCCACUCAACUCACUCAGGCAUUCUCAACACUCUGACGGCACGUUAAUGAUCAACCAGCUGACGUCAGAUGAUUCAGGGGUUUAUACCUGCACAGUCACGGACAGCCAGAAGUUUGAAGAACGUCAAAUCCAGCUCACGGUUUUUGGGGACCUCAGGAUCACCAAAGCCCCCACAGACAUCGACGUGCCGCAGGGCCGCACUGCUCAGCUGCCCUGUGGAGUAACAGGAGAAAACGUGAAGGUUGGCUGGUCACGGAACGGUGUGCCAGUGCGACCCGACGGGCUUCGUGUGCAUGUGUCGGCAGACGGGACGCUCAUACUACAUAAUGUCCAGUCAGUGGAUGAGGGGACGUACACCUGCAAUGCUUACUCUGGGACGUACUCCGUCAGCGCAGCGGCUGAAGUACGACUGGCCAAAUCCCCUCAACAAGGAAGUCAGGGCUUGCCGGCGGACUGUGUGGAUCAGCCUGAGUUGGCGAACUGUAAGCUGAUAGUGUACGCGCGACUGUGCUCCAGCCAGUAUUACUCCAGUUUCUGCUGCUCCAGUUGUGCCACAUAUGCCAGGGACAAAGACAGACCGAGGCAAAUCAGAUAGGUCAUGUGCAAUGAAUCCAGCAGCCUCAUUGGUCGAUUCAGACUCACCUCAUAAUUUAACAUCAGCAUCACCGGCUCAGAUCAACACUGACCUCAGAUCUGCAGCUGGUGUCUGACUGAACUUCACCAAGUCAAACUGAUGGAUUCAGUAUUCCAGCCUCAUUCAGAUCAGAGUUUAUUUAUCUUUGUAAUAUACAGUAACUCCGUGUCCAGUUCAUUGUGUAACUGUUUGUUUUUUUUAAAGAAUAAAUGAAUGUUCGGGAUUAUUAACACUGUAAACACAGAGAUAUCAGUUAUAUAGUGGAUUAGAAUAUACUAGCAGUUGGAAGAAAACUGAUAUCAUACAACUUUGGUAGGAAACCCUUUCAUGUACUUUAAAUGUGUAGAUUGUAGAGAUGCACUGACAUUUAGGGAACCUAAAAUAUUUAGAUGAAAAUGAAUUGAGUGUCGGCUGUGGGAACACUGCUGUUUUCAGUUGAUCCUUGAACAAAAUUUCACCAAACAUUAUUUGUUGCCCAUCUCCCAUCCAAUUAUCACAGUACGCUUUGUGCUAUGUGAUAUAAAACAAAGUCUGAUCUUUCAAAUUCUGUCAAAUUUAUCAUGAAAUUCAAACAAUAAAUGUGGUUUUGGUGCUCUUAAAUGUGGCGUGACAGAUCGCUGUAGUGCCUCAGUUUAAGCGUCUCGUGAACCGAUCGUCUCUUCCUCUUUAUUACUAGUUACAGCACCCCGAAUAUAAUUAUGAAUGAAGGAGUGUUGAAAGAUACAGUCCAACUUUAAUCAUGUCUCAUCCGCAGAAAGACAACAACAAAACAGCUUGUAAACAUCAUGUCCCAGAAAGUCACAUUUACCUCAGAAAAUGACCAUAACAUCGAUAGUAAAAAAUAAAUUAAUUAAUAAAGAAUUACAAAUAAUUCUAGAGGACCAUUUUGAUAAAUAUAUUAGCUAUAUUACAUAUUCUUCUUUAUAUUUUUACUUAUAGACCAUAGACCUGCAUUAUAUGAUUGACAGACAAGAACGGUUUGACCUAAAAAUAUCAAAAUUUGAAAAUACUGCGGAAACAAAGACACCAGGCAUCUUCGAUGCCUUUAAGGUAACCUAAAACAUACCAAAAUUUCAUUUCAAAGUGAACUAUCCCCUUAACCUGAUGUAUUUUCAUGACAGCCACCAAUGUGUUAAAUGUUUAUAUUUUAAGUUAGCUAUAAACAUUAAUUAUUAUAACAAUAAAAAGUUUAUAUAAAACUGCCAUGACAAACUGCAAUUUAAUUGUUUAUAUGCAACUCAGUUUAUAUGCGAGUGUUAAUUGUUAAAGGUGCAUUGCGCAAGUCUCUUGAGUUUUUGCAGAACUACGCCCCCUCUGGUGACAAGCGAAACUGCAACCAGAGGUGUGCACGCUCAUGUACCACUCUCACGCUCGCUCGCUCGAGCGGUUCAUAACCAAAGGAGCAUCAGCCGCACAAAUCUUUUGUUACAGUCAUAAUGUCUUCAGAGGUAAUAAAGUUAUAAAUCGGCAAGUCAUUUAAAAUAUAUGAAAGGAAAGGCAUCUGACAUAUGUUUGUGUGAGGGUGAAACGAGGGUGGUAGAAAACUUCGGUUUUUGUUUCCAUCUAUCUCCAUGUUGAACUGUUUUAUGUGUUUACUGUAUCCACUUAUGA